CUCUCUCUCUCUCUCCCUCUCUCUCUCUCUCUCCCUCUCCGGCUCCAUUUUCUCCGCCGCCGGGGGCCGGGGUCUCCUGUGGGGGGCCCAGACGGUACCCCAGGUCUCCCUUCAGGACCGGGGUGAACCCCCGGGAGAGCCGGGAGGGGGGUAGACGGGCGGGGGUUGGGGCGGAGGGAGCAACGGCCCCAGCGAGUUUGGGGGGGAAGUAACCAGGCGCGGGGGGGAGGGGCGGAGCAGGGAGGGGGCCUCAGGGCCCCCCCCAACUAUGGACGAGCGGCUGUUGGGGCCGCCCCCUCCAGGCGGGGGCCGGGGGGGCCUUGGAUUGGUGGGUGGGGAGCCUGGGGGCCCUGGCGAACCUCCCGGUGGUGGAGAUCCCGGUGGGGGUAGCGGGGGGGUCCCGGGAGGCCGAGGGAAGCAAGACAUCGGGGACAUUCUGCAGCAGAUAAUGACCAUCACCGACCAGAGCCUGGACGAGGCCCAGGCCAAGAAACACGCCCUAAACUGCCACCGAAUGAAGCCUGCUCUCUUUAGCGUCCUGUGUGAAAUCAAGGAGAAAACCGGCCUCAGCAUUCGAAGCUCCCAAGAGGAGGAGCCUGUGGACCCACAGCUGAUGCGCUUGGACAACAUGCUUCUGGCAGAAGGUGUGGCUGGGCCUGAGAAAGGGGGUGGCUCAGCGGCAGCAGCUGCGGCCGCCGCAGCCUCCGGAGGCGGCGUGUCCCCUGACAACUCCAUCGAACACUCGGACUAUCGCAGCAAACUUGCCCAGAUCCGCCACAUUUACCACUCGGAGCUGGAGAAGUAUGAGCAGGCAUGCAACGAGUUCACAACCCACGUCAUGAACCUGCUGAGGGAGCAGAGCCGCACGCGGCCGGUGGCGCCCAAGGAGAUGGAGCGCAUGGUGAGCAUCAUCCACCGGAAGUUCAGCGCCAUCCAGAUGCAGCUCAAGCAGAGCACCUGCGAGGCCGUCAUGAUCCUGCGUUCCCGCUUCCUGGAUGCCAGACGAAAACGCCGUAACUUCAGCAAACAGGCCACUGAGGUCCUAAAUGAGUAUUUCUACUCCCACCUGAGUAACCCAUACCCUAGUGAGGAGGCUAAGGAGGAGCUCGCCAAGAAGUGCGGGAUCACUGUCUCUCAGGUCUCCAACUGGUUUGGCAACAAGCGGAUUCGCUAUAAGAAAAAUAUUGGAAAGUUCCAAGAGGAGGCAAACAUCUAUGCUGUCAAGACCGCUGUGUCAGUCACCCAGGGAGGCCACAGCCGCACCAGCUCCCCGACGCCCCCUUCCUCCGCAGGCUCUGGCGGCUCUUUCAAUCUCUCAGGAUCCGGUGACAUGUUUCUGGGGAUGCCCGGGCUCAACGGAGAUUCCUACUCUGCCUCCCAGGUGGAAUCACUCCGACACUCGAUGGGGCCAGGGGGCUACGGGGAUAAUCUCGGGGCAGGCCAGAUGUAUAGCCCUCGGGAAAUGAGGGCAAACGGUGGCUGGCAGGAGGCUGUGACCCCGUCCUCAGUGACAUCCCCGACAGAGGGACCAGGGAGCGUUCAUUCUGACACUUCCAACUGAUCUCGCCCCUCAGGGCCACAGGGCUAGGGGCUCACAAGGCACCUCUCGAAGAGGACGCAGGCAUCCAGAGGACAAAACCCAGACAGAGGAGAAGCACAAGAUAGAGAAGGGCAAACGGGGGUCAUCCCCUCCCUGGCCAGACUCUCUCAGUGCUGGGGGUGCUGACUACAUGGCAGGGAAGAUGGGGCCCCUUAAGGGGAAAGUGGGGUGUGUCUCCCCUUUUUUUCCCUUUUCAUUCUUUUUGUUGCUCCCCCUUUUUCUCUCACGUAGAAACACACGCACCCAGACUCCUAUUUUUCAGAUUUUUCCUCUCCUCCUCUCAUACACGCACGUACAACUAUUCUGUUUCUCUCUCUCUCUCUUUCUCUCUCUCUCUCUGGGAUCCCCCACUCUCCCUCACCCCACUUAUCUGCUCUGGGAUCUGUGGAGAUGCCAGCCCUGCCCAGCCAGAGAUGCCAAAAAUGGGGACAUGACUUCUGGACAGAAGACAUGGGUCACGCCCCCUGUGCCUCCCCACCCCCUGCCCCUCCAGACGGCUUUAUUACCUCAUACGCAGCUCAUCUUAAACCAAUAGAAUCGCUCGGUGGACGGGAGUGUCUGACUCAGAUAUCUACCUCGGAGGGAGUUUCUGCUACUUUAGGGAAUUGUUGACUGGGCUUUGGGGUUGAACUUUUUUUUUUUAAGGAAAGAAAAAUUAACCCUGGGAUCCAUCUGUAUUUUUUUUUAAUUUUUAUUUCGGGGAUUUUUGGUGGUGGUGGUGGUUCUUAAUUUUUAAUUUAGUUUGGGGAAGUAGAUGUUUUUAUAAAUAUGUUGAUUUUUUUUUUUUUUUUCAUUUCUUGCUUUCCCACAUUAGGGGUGAUAGCCAAAGGGGUCAUGAUAAGAGAAAGGGGAACAAAUAGAACUGGUGAAGAGGCCUGCCUGCCUCCACUCCUGUUCAUCAGGAAGUACAUUUAGCAGGGCACCAAACCUGCCCCCCUGAAAUCACUUAGGUGUUCUCCUUUGCUUCCAAGGUCACUGAGGUGUUCUUUGCUUGUGCAGGCAGCUUUCUGCUGCAUUUGGUGUGGAAGCAGUCAGGGCUUGCUGUGCCAGCCUGUUCCCCACCACCCUUGGGCAGGGCUAGACUCGGUAAUUUUGAGCAAAUGUCACCUUCCCCUGUGAGUGACACAUCUAAAAUCUUUCUUUUAAACCACUAUUUGCAGAUUGGAGGGGGAAGAAUGGGGAGGGGGUUUAUUGCCAAAUAUGUUAAAUAUGGGUUGGGGUGUUUGUGUAUGUAUCUCCCUCCGUUUCCCCAGAAACGAGGUAUCUUUUUUUUUUUUUUCUCAGUCCAAAAUCGAGAGGGUGGGGAGAGAGAGGAGGGAGGCUGCAAAAAGCCAGGUAUGAGGGAAGGUAAAAUCACCACUGUCCCACCCUCGGCCCUGAACCCUACUAUCUGAACCCCUCAAAUAUCCUCAGGAUUUCACAAGACUGUCAGUAGGGAACCCCUCCCGUCAAAGAUCCAGGCAGGACUGGGGGGGCAGGUUGGGAGUGUGAUGGGUGGGGGAGGCAUGGGCCGGGGGCAGUUCUCUCCUCACUUGUAAACUUGUAGUUUCACAGAAAAAAACAAAAAACAAAAAAUGCAGUUUUAAAUAAAGAAAUUUCUUUUUUCCCUGGGUUUAGUUGAGAAUUCUUUUCAAAAACAUGGGAACUUUUUUUCUCUCAUAAAUCCCCAAACGGGUUUUUUCCCCCUCGAGUUCCCCGGCCUUGCCCUCACCACCCAGG